AAAGCUAUAAGAAUGGCUGCUGCAGAUGUUGCAGAAUCAGGAUGUGGUGAUCACAAGUUUCUGGAGUAUGAUGGCCCAGGAAAGGGGGUUAAAUACCCAAUGAGGGUUCUCUACUGUGGAGAGUGUAGUAUGCCUGUGGAGUACUGUGAAUUCUACCCCAACUACGAGAAGUGCAAGGAAUGGCUGAAGAGUAACAUUCCAGAGGAGUUUUCCAGGCUCAUGGCAGACAAAGAUGAAGAGGAGGGGAAGGCUGGGGAAGAGGACGGGGAGAAGAAGAAGCGACAGACCCGAGGGGGGAAAGGUAUGAUGAAAGCCAAGAAGAAGACAGAACCACAGGGGAUCAAGAUGUGGACAGCGACGAGGGGCAAGAAGAAGAAGGUCACAUUUGUUGCUGGCUUGGCAUCAUAUGAAAUCGACCAGAAGGAUGCCUGCAAGUUCUUCGCCACCAAGUUUUCCUGUGGGUCGUCAGUGAUGGGCGAGGAUGAGAUAGUCAUCCAAGGCGAUGUCAAGGACGAUCUGUGGGACAUACUUCCAGAGAAAUGGAAACAGAUUGAUGAGGACGAUAUAGACGACAAGGGAGAUAAGAAAUGAUGGAUGAUCAUUGUCAGCACUCUUCGCUUUAUGUAAAUAAAUGAUUUGAGGGUAUCCACCAUAA